UGGAGCAGAUUUCGUCGGCGCAUUAACGCCUUGUUAUCAACUCUCAAUCCUUCCGCUUUACACAUCCUCGAUCAAUUCGCUUAUCGAUCGAUUGGGCAUUCUACUUCUGGUAGCUGGAUUUCACCCGGCUCUCUUGGAUCCCUUUCGGGUGGCUUCAAUACUAAUACUUCUUGCCGUAGUGAUGAGAAGUCUUGUGCUUCCCAAUCUGACGUUUUACCUUGCGCCCUGCAUGGCUCCCGAUGCGAAUCGCUGUGGCACCAACCCGCAAUUCCCUCUUCCAUUCAACUCGAUAAAACCUGUUUCACUGGCUCUAAUGUUGAUUGUUUUGCUGUACAUGGUAGUAGUAGUAGUAACAGCGACGCAUUUACUGUUGCUUCAACUGACAUCACUAGAGAAGAUAACUUUACUAGUGGAAUUACCUCAUGUCGACGAUUUACUCUUCACUACAAUCAAGAUAGCCCGUCCUCAAAUGAUGUAUCAUCCUUGCCAUGUUCAGUGACUUUCUGGCUACAAUGCACGAUUUCGCGAGCUUCAGGCCGGUUGAAUCUUCUACUCACCCCGCAGACUAGAAAUAGUUUUGAUAUGCUCAAGCUGGAUAAAGAGCCUUCUUUACUGCCGCCCCCCGAGUUGGUCUGGAAUAUGGAAGAUGCAAGCUUGAUGCUAGAUCUGCAGGAGUAUUUUGUUGAGUCCCGGAUAAAGCUAGGUCGCUUUCAGUUGUCUUUGAAGCCGACGGCUCACUAUCCUGGGGGUAUUUGUUUGUUUGCCCCUCAAGCCACCCAUCUUUGUCCGCUUCGUGAUAACCUUGAGCUCUGUCCCGGACCACGUCAUCCCUUUAAAACUCAGCCCAUUUCAACUCUAAAUGAUCAAACUCAAACUACUGGAAUGCAGAAAUCGCACAAUUUGUCCCAUUUAAUCGGUUUGGCGGAUAAAAGACAGAGUCGUGUUCAAACUCGACCUAAUCUUCGACUGCCUGCCGCCCGAUUACUCUCAAACUCUCAAGAGAUAUCUCGAAAACACCAACAUUAUCGGGAGCACCAGCAGCAUCUUCUUGUCUUAACAUUCUCCCGUUUCAUGGAAUCAUCGCCAACAAGUUCAAAUGAAAUUGACCCGAGUCUUAACCAUUGGGCAGCUUACUUAUCUGACACCGAUCCUGCUAAGUCACUUCUCGGCUUUAGGCCUUGUGAAGCAGAAUGCAUUAAAGGACCAGAAUUUCACAGAAGAAGUGUAGAUGUUGGGCUCAUUGCCGACGACAUUUAUAAUUAUCAAAUACAUGAGAAUGAACAAGAGGCUUUUGAUAGUAAACUGGUCUCCACCAGAGUGUCCUCUGGACAAGACGGACAGAGGAAAAGGCGAUUAAAAUACAAAAUUCUUAAAAAGAAACUCAUUGCGACUAGCUCUGGUGGUCAUGAUGAAGGUCAUUUUAGAGAGUCAUCAAAACACCGCUUCAUCAACAAAAUACACUUCAGUCUUGAGGCAGUUGAUUUGGUUCUUUGUCCUCAACUGAUUGAUAAGUUGGCGUCGUUUUUACGUAUGAUUACAGGUUUCUGUACGGGUAAUUCCAAAGUCACCAGUUCUCCUUCUGCUCUAGUUGAAGGUGCAAUUAGGCUGCAAAGAUAUAGAUCAGGAACAGCCGUAUUACCGAGCGUUUUCUCGAGUGGAGUGAAGUUGGAUCGCAAUGUGACGUGUUUUUCGCGUCCGGCAUUUGUUUCACACUGCCUCCCCUUGACAGAAGCCCAUCUAAAAGGCAUUCGAGUCUUCUACCCAGUCAGUGGGCUCUUAUCGGUCCCUUCUUCUCCUGAUUCGCCAGCACCUGACUGCCUUCUCUUUUCUCUCCUCGAUUUUCGGCUUAGACCAAAUCUAUCCAACCCAAUUGAUCAGCCGCUUUUUGCUCCUAACUUACACCGUCCUUUUGCUAAUGGCGUUACCUCCACUAGCAAUCUUGCAACCGGUAUGGUCACUAGCUUCGGCUUAUCUGGAGUGUCAACAAAUGAACAGAACAGUCGGACAGCUGAAAACUAUAGUCAAUCGCAAGUGAAUAUUGCGCGUCUCGGCCUCUGGGCAGUCGCAUUUCACGCUGCCAUUCUUCCGUGCCCGACUGCCACUACCUCAUCAAUCCCCUCUUCCCUUACUCCUUUCUCAUCUUCAUCUCCACUUCUACAGUACGCAGAACAGACAAUUAUGUCAGACAAAAUAUCGUCAGAUGAGAUUUGUGCCAAUUCGGGCAAAUUAUUGGUAUCGAACUCUUGCACAAUAUCAUCGGCUGAUCGGACUCCUCUCCUACAGUCUCUGACUAGCGGACAAAACCCAGCACUAGACUGGAAUCAGGGUCAUAUUAGCCUUUCUAGGUGA